UGCGCGUGCGCCGGCAGUCGUUCGUGCUCUCCCGUCGGCGCGGCACCGUACGCGCACCUCCCGCACAUUACGAACCCAAAACGCUAGUGACAGUGAAGUAAACACGUGAAAUGUGAAAAAAGUGUCCAGUUCAAAGUUUACACAGUGUUCUAUACUCUAUGGUGGAUGAUUUAUAGUCAAUCAACGUUUGUUCCAUUUUUGAAAAGGCGCGUAUUUGCGUAGUGAUGGCGCGUCAACCGCAACUUGUCUGACGUAAUGCCAGCGUGACGCUGAUGCGCUGACGUUGACGCCGACGUGACGUCCGAAUGAACACCCUCAUGCUGACGACCGGAGGGGCAGUGGACGACCAACCCUGCGUCGACUCCAACAUGGCCUUCUCUUCUUACAAUAUGAUGGAUUCUGGAGGAGCAGGCAUCGCUGAAUCACCACCAACGUACCACCGCACUUACGAGCAAUACGUUCAAGGAGCCGUCGAGAACAGUACCGACUCAGGACAAGACCAAACUAGCCCAGAACUUGUAGUCUGGUCUACUCUCCCCUACGGACUAGACUACAGAACUCAAUAUGACUACCGAAGUCCUUAUGAGACUACAAGGGACUAUUCCACGCAGCAGUAUGCUAGAGCGGGGUUUACUACGAAGAUGGGGCAAGCUAAAGCGCUAAAGGAGGCCAGGAUACGAAGGCCUAUGAACGCCUUUAUGGUGUGGGCGAAGGUGGAGCGGAAGAAACUGGCUGAUGAGAAUCCUGAUCUUCAUAAUGCUGAUCUGAGUAAAAUGCUAGGUAAAAAAUGGCGUUCGCUGACUCCGCAAGACCGACGGCCGUUUGUGGAGGAAGCCGAGAGGCUGCGUGUGAUUCAUAUGACGGAGCAUCCGAACUACAAGUACCGGCCGCGGCGACGGAAGCAGAACAAGGCGCGGCCCAACCAGCCGAGCACGCCGGCCAGCGCCCCGCCGCCCGCCUCAGCCGCACUGGGAUCUCCGUACGCAACCGGCACCGACUCGCCCGACACUCGCUUCUCACACAACCCGGGAGCUGGUUUCUCCCCGUACAGAACCUCGCCGCUUGCCUCGGAUUUCCAGACGCAGCAGUUCAAUGGCCACGUGCAGACGCCAGAGUCCUCACCCGCGAGGUCUCCUGAGCCUCAGGGCAGGAGGAGCGCGCCCGCUGAAGCUCCCCUGCCGACGCCAGACGCGUCCCCUGUCGAAAAUGAAAAAGAAAACUUCCAAUACGAAGAAAGGCGAAGAGCGAUCAAUGCGUCUUCGAUGUCGGACUCGUACUCUCCGUAUAAGACGUACAGGACCCCAGGGUCUUACUCACCGGCUCCAGUUGCUGCCAUGGGGAUGGCGAACGGCAUGUACGUGAUGUGCACUCAAAGGACACUAACCGAGCAACCACCCCUCGUGACCGGAACCUUCUUCCCUCCAGUAGCGACGUCGCAGGACCAGCAAGCGUUGGGAACCACGACCCCCCGGGUGUCGUCAGCCCCCAGCGGUCCCCUCGCAACAGAAUAUAGUAUCCAGUACCAUCAAUACGAGCAAUACGACCAGAUGUAUAAGACCGAGGACUCCUACGUCCAUUACCCGGAGCAGCCCAAAACUGAAUACGAUACCGGUGGAACUUAUUUUUCUGAGGAGCCGCCCGCGAAUCAACAACAGGAACCCGAGUUCAUGAACCAGCGGCCUGAAAUCAGGACUGGCUCUCCAGAAUCGGACGUAGACGCUCGGGAAUUCGACAAAUACUUGGAUUAUGGUACUGAGGGAACAAUGGAGCAGCAUCAGCAGUACAGAUACGAUCAGCAGGGAUACCGGCCCCCAUACUGUCCGGAGCAGGCACCAGGGCCGGAGUACUGUUCCGAGAGGAUGUACCCACCAUACGCAUCGGUGAUUUCAGGAGCUCCACCCGCUAAUUACGCGCCUGCUACGCCAGGAAGUGACGUCAGGCCGGAAGACGAGUUCAGCGUCAUUCUGGCUGGCGUCCGGCAAACUUGCUACAGCAAUUGACUACAGGACUGAUAUGGAUUAAGAAUUUCGUGGACUACUAAAGCCCAAAGAAUUGACAUGAUCUUUGAUAUUUCUAAACCAUUAUUACUAGGUUGAAUUUUUUUGGAAACCUCGCUAGAUAAAAAAGUUUGUUUAUGUAAAGUUUGAAGUUGGAACAUUUUGGGAAAAUGUUUUUCCUAAAACAAGAUUGAUUUAUAAAUGAUUUGUGAAAGACUCUUGCGACGUAGUGUGAUAAUUAUAAAAAUAACUCACUAUGAAAUGUUUAUGAGCAAUAUUAAUUUAUUGGUUAAAAAAUAUAUCCUUUUAGAUUAAAAACAAAAUCCUAUGACUCGAAUUACAUUUUUGAGUUACUAUUGUUUAAGUUUAUCGUUAUAUUUGCCUUGGUAAAUGAUGUUCCAAAAAUUUUGGUAAUUUAGUUGCCUAGUUUCUGAUAUUAGAAGUUUAUUAAAAUUAUUUGGUACAUUCCAAUAAAAAAUAUGACUACAACAAGCGUCUAAUAGAUUUUAUAAAAAAACAAAUAUUCAUUCACACGCAACGAUAUUAAAAAGACUACACGCCAUUCCUUAACAAAUGAAACGAAAGUGUUCCAGAAGUGCAUACGCACAUUAUUUUAAUUUAACCAAAUUGACAAGUCGUGUAGAGGAAGUGACGUAUUCUAGUACGAACAAAAAGACAGCUAAUAUUUAACAUUAACGUGUAGUAUCGAUCGUCUCAAUUCUGAUAAUUUCAAGUCAAAAUCUAUAGUUAUAAUACCAUUGGAUACAAUUGUGGCUUAAAAUCAACUUUAAUUAUUGUGAUUUUUAAAUUUAGAACAAAAAGAACACAUUUGCAUAGAUAUUAAAAAUAUUAUAAAUAGAUAAUAAAAACGUGCGAAACAAUAUUUCAUAUGUCAAUUUUGUAAUUUUUAAUUAGAAUUUAUAGAGCUUUUAUAAUCUGUAUUGGUGCUAUGUGGGUGGUCAUACUAAAAAAAUAUAUUUUUGUAAAAAUGUUUUGUUACAUCCCAAAACCGUAUACCAUAGAGGUAGCGUGUACGAUUCCUAUAUGUAAAAGAUUAUUUAUUUGUAACUAUUCUUGUAUAUUUUAGAUAAAUGAAGUUACAAAGGUUCGUCAGAGACAUGUUCUUCCAAUAACUCUGUAGAUAAUAAUUUAAGUCGUAUAAUUUUUAGACUAUAAUUUUUUUAAUAAAAUCCCCAUGUUAUCUGUAUAAAAUGUAAGAAUUUUGAAUAAAAAAUAUCUCAUAGUUUAUAUUUUGUACUAAAAUUAUAGAUAAUGAAUUUGUAGUUUAUAUAGAUACAUAGUAAAAACGCUCGCACCGCGAAACUAAGUUCUUCCUAAUUGUAAGAAAAUUUAUAAGGAACAAUAAAAUUAUUAUUAUAAAAAUUGUUUU